AUGGACAAUGAAACUCAAUCUGACUCGGAGGAAGAAAUUUUGGUUUAUGCUGAAUUUGAAGAUAGCGUGAACCUCAAUAAAUAUAAAUUUGUUCAUGUUUUAGGGAUGGAUACAAAACGUCCGGUUUUUCAAUUAGAUGAUACAUUUUUUACGGGUACAUAUGAAAAUCCACUGGGUACAUACAUGUUUUUUGAAGAAGAUCCCACUAUUCAAAGUCCAGAUCCGUUGUUUGAUAGAUAUCCAGCCAAAAAUUUAAAAUAUUUAUGCAAGACGCGAAAACUUAUAAAUGUAGAACAUGCUUAUGUUACACCAAAAGAGGAAGAUAAAGGCAAGACAAGACCAAAGUGA